ACACCUGAACGACCCGGCCUGCAGAGGUCAACUGGACACGAACAACAACAUGGUGACAUUCAACUUUGAAGUUGACACCUGUGGAACACAGAUCAGCGACAACGGCACUCACAUCAUCUACGAGAACACCGUCACAAACCAAAACAUCACUGAUGUCAUCAUUCGCCACGAUAUGGUCAGGAUCAACUUUUCCUGCUACCAGACCCAGCCGGACCUCCUGACUA